AUGACAGGACUCGCGCUUACAACCUUUGUGCUACUCAUUCAUGCUUGUUCGGCUUGUACUGGUGGAUGGCAUUCGUUUCAUCAUGGAGGCCCAUGUUUUAAGGUCUUUCACGAAAGUGGAAUCAGUUGGAACCAAGCCAAUUCAAGGUGUAGAGGAAUGGGUACUGUUCUAGCACAGGUGUCUGACCAUAGUACACAUACUCACCUGAUCAAUCUAAUAUCAUCGGAUUACAGUUCAGGGUUUUUCAUGAUCGGAGCCACUAACUGGCAUGGCAGUUGGACCUGGAAUAAUCUUGGUAGUUCCCUGCCUUACGGGGACACUUACUGGCUACCUGGACAGCCAGACAACUACUGCGCACCCCACCAUACAUGCCACGAAGGUCAACACUGUGUAGCUUACACUAACAAGAACGGCCAUGGUCACUGGGGCUGGGAUGACAUCACGUGCAGCGUUGAUAACUACGACGGUUAUAUUUGUGAAAAGAAUGCUGAUGGUUAUAGUGGACCACUUGUCGGAUGA